UGACAAAAAACACACUUGUCGAGAAGAGAAAAAGGUAGAUCGCUGGAAGGAGGCGGCUGAAGAUCGAAGGGGAGAUUUAUUUACCCCCUUCCCUGUUUUUUGAAAAAGAAAAACGAAACCGAGCCGCCGGAUCCGCAGAGGUUCCGGACGGGCGAGGGGAGGCUCAACCUCCCACCGUCCCCAUGAACAGCACCGCUGAUCCGAGCAGCGACUCAUGAGAAAAAGAGACGUUUGUGUCGCUAUCUAAGCUUCGGUAACAGGAUAUUUUGGGGCCUGCUUCUUCAAGAAUCUGCUUAAACAUAAGAAAAAAAACAAAAAAACCCCCGCUUGCUUCCCAUGUAUGCAAGCUAGGCGUCGUUAUAUCAGUAUUUAUUAUUAUUAUUAUUAUUGAUUUUUUUUUUUUUUGCAAUGAGUUUACCACCGAAAGUGGUCACUAAACCCGCCGCCGCUGUCGCAGCUAGCGGAGCCGGAGGUGGUAGCUCUCCGUCGGGCCAACUGCGGACCCUGACCUCCGUGUCUCUGCCACCGGGAGCCCCGACAGCUCCUCAGCCCGGCGCUGUACCUCCACCUCAGUAUCCUUUGACAUGGGUACCCAGGCACGCUGGCCCUCCUUACACUGCUCAUGACAUCACAAAGGGACACCCUAACUUGGCGGGCACUCCGCCCGGUCAUGCCCACUCCCCGGCGCUCUCUCAGGUAUCAGUACCCACAGCUUCCCCAUAUCGCUACCCUAAGGGCUGGGAGACAGGCGGAGGGUCUCCGUACAACCCUGGACAAAAUGCUGGCUCCGCCCCACUAGUGUAUUCUCCCCAGACACAGCCAAUGAAUGCACAGCCACAGAGUCGCCCGUUUGCUACGGGCCCUCGACCAACUCACCAUCAGGGAGGAUUCAGGCCCAUCCAGUUUUUCCAGAGGACUCAGAUGCAGACUGCGAGGCCCACCAUCCCUACGAACACACCCUCCAUACGGCCUGGCGGACAGACUCCCACAGCGGCUGUUUACCCCACUAAUCAAGCAAUCAUGAUGACCAUGGCACCUAUGCCUUUUCCAUCCCCACAGGCUGCUCAGUACUACAUCCCACAGUAUCGCCACAGUACGCCUUACGUGGGACCUCCUCAGCAGUAUUCUGUACAGCCUCCAGGGUCUGGCACCUUCUAUCCUGGUCCAGGGCCAGGGGAGUACCCUGCUCCAUAUCAUCCCCUCAGGUACCACCCACCUGUCUCACCCUCUGUCCCUGCUCCCGUACAAACAGCUGGUCCACCCUACUACCCAGGACAGACUGUGUACCCCCCCUCACCCCCCAUCAUAGUGCCUACACCACAGCAACCUCCACCACCAGCCAAGCGUGAGAAGAAAACAAUCCGUAUCCGUGACCCCAAUCAGGGUGGCAGGGAUAUCACUGAGGAGAUCAUGGCAGGGGGUUCAGGGAGCAGGAAUUCAACGCCUCCUGUCGGUCCCCCCUCCUCUACCCCCACCCCUCCACAGCAGCAGCAGCUGAGCAGCAGCCAGACUCCAGAGCAGCAGCAGCAGCAGCAGCAGCAGCAGCAGCAGCCGCAGCCUCCUCAGCCACAGCAAGCCCACUCUGGAGGCUACACGAUGGAGCCCCCCCACAUACCGCAGCCACAGCAGCCACAGCAGCCACAGACAACUGGGGCUUCAGACACCAAACCAGGGCCAGAUGAAACGCCAAAAUUGGAGCCAGUUGUCCAGAAGUCUUCCUCACCUGGGAUUGUGCAGCCCGAAGCCCCCGUAGAGAGACUGGAGGCCAACACUCCUGCAACUGAGCCCUCUCCUCCUGCCGAACCAGAGCUUCCCUUCCCCGCCACAGUGGCCGCCCCCGUCGCUCUCCCGCUCGCGGCGGCCAACACCAGUGAACGUCCCUCAGCCAGGGAGUCCACUGCUCCAGCAUCGUCUCCCUCCCCCUCCUCCUCCUCCUCUUCCUCCUCUGUCGGGGAACAUAAACCGUCUUUAGCGCCACUUCAGACUCCCAACAUAGACAAGCCUCUUUCAGAAGCCCCACGAACUCUGGCUGCCUCCCCAGCGCCGGCUCCCAAAGCUCUGAAUGGCCUUGCAGACUCUGGGACUGAGUUGGACCCCCCAGCUCAUGAGCCUUCUCUUCUGUCCACAGCUGCACUCCAGCCCCAGGCCUCCACUCCUGCUUACAGAGAAGCCUCCUCUUCCUCCUCCUCCUCUGAAACCUUGCCCUCUGACGUAAGACCAGAGGUGCCCAUUGCUGCUGCGCUCGCCUCUAUGCCACCUGUGGCUGUGGUGCCAGUCACCCUGACCUCAAGCCCCGCCCCAGCUUUGCCAGUUAUGCUCCCGCCAGGCCUUCCGCCUCUAGUGCAGGCCACAACAGAGGCCGAUGAGCCCAGCAAGUCCUUGGACACUAAAGACCUCGUCCCCAGAGCGGGGACAGAGGCACAUGGAGGCAUUACUGACAGCAAAACAGAGUCCCAGCAACAAGCACUCACCAGGAAGAGUCCCACUACAGUAAAUCAGACUGCUUCUGCUAUACCAAAGACCUGGAGGAAACCAAAUGAAGGGAUCUCUGCUGGAGAUACACCCCAAAAGGAGGAAGAGGAUGAGCCGAGGCCAGUAGAUCAGCCUGCUGGAGACCAGUCCCUGCAGUCCGCUCCACCGAGCAGCAGCAGCAGCAGCAGCCCCGCACCGCUACCGUCAGGCUUCAGCUCCACUACCGCCGCCGCCACCACCACCGCUGCUGCAGCUCCCGCCAGCAGCCCCGAGGCCGACGGGAAGCCGGCCGCCCCGGAGGAGAACGGAGAGUCCGAGCUGGAGCCCAUGAGGAACGGGGCGGGCCACACCUCGGAGACGGAGAGCAGCGACAGUGGGGUCACACCGGGAGAUAAGGAGAACUCCACGGGGGCUCCACAGGACAUAGAAGACCUGUCAGAAUCCAGCGGGAAGCGUCAGUAUGAUAGGGAAUUCCUUUUGGGCUUCCAGUUCAUGCCUGCCUGCAUACAGAAACCUGAGGGACUCCCACCCAUCAGUGACGUGGUGCUGGACAAGAUGAACCAAAACAAGAUGCUGUCUCGAGUGGAUUCCAGGGUGAUUUCCAGAGGACCUGAUUUCACACCUGCCUUUGCAGAUUUUGGCAGGCAGAUGACCGGAGGACGAGGAGCUGCUCUUAUGAACAUUGGCACGCGGCGGCCUCCACCCAGGAAGAUCAUCAUGAACGUGUCGGUGAACGACGACAUUCAGCUGAAGAAGUCCGAGAAUGCCUGGAAACCUGGCAUGAAGCGAGAGCCCCCCCCAGAGGAACCCGAGGCCCAGAAAACACAGGAUCUCUUCAGGAAGGUACGCAGCAUCCUGAACAAGCUAACGCCUCAGAAGUUCAACCAGCUCAUGAAGCAGGUGACGGACCUGACCAUCGACACAGAGGAGAGGCUCAAAGGAGUCAUCGACCUAGUCUUCGAGAAGGCCAUCGACGAGCCCAGCUUCUCUGUUGCUUAUGGAAACAUGUGCCGCUGCCUCGCCACGCUCAAAGUGCAAAUGACCGACAAACCCAACACCACAGUGAACUUUCGUAAGCUGCUGCUAAACCGCUGCCAGAAGGAGUUUGAGAAAGACAAGGUGGACGAUGUGGUGUUCGAGAGGAAGCAGAAAGAGCUGGACUCUGCUGCAUCGUCGACGGAGCGCGAGCGGCUUCAGGAGGAGCUGGAGGAGGCCAAAGACAAGGCCCGAAGGCGUUCCAUCGGCAACAUCAAGUUCAUCGGCGAACUUUUCAAGCUCAAGAUGUUGACGGAGGCCAUCAUGCACGACUGCGUGGUGAAGCUGCUGAAGAACCACGACGAGGAGUCGUUGGAGUGCCUGUGUAGGCUGCUCACCACCAUCGGCAAGGACCUCGACUUUGAGAAGGCCAAGCCUCGAAUGGAUCAGUAUUUCAAUCAGAUGGAGAAAAUCGUCAAGGAGAGGAAGACGUCAUCUCGGAUACGGUUUAUGUUACAGGACAUUAUAGACCUGAGAUUGCACAACUGGGUGUCCAGAAGAGCCGAUCAGGGCCCGAAAACCAUCGAGCAGAUACACAAGGAGGCGAAGAUUGAAGAGCAGGAGGAGCAAAGAAAAGUGCACCAGCAGCUGCUCUCCAAGGACAGCAAAAGACGGCCAGAUCCAAGAGAUCAGAGAGAUCAGAGAGAUCAACGCGCGCCGAGAGAAGAGACCUGGAACACUGUGCCCAUGACCAAGAACAGCAGGACUAUUGACCCCACAAAGAUCCCAAAGAUCUCCAAGCCUCAAAUGGAUGAGAAGAUCCAGCUUGGCCCACGGGCUCAGGUCACGUGGGUAAAGGGCAGCAGUGGAGGAGCCAAAGCAAGCGACUCGGAACUAUCACGGACUGGUAGCAGCCUCAACCGUUACUCCGCGCUGCAGUCUACACCUUCACCUCAACCCUCCACCACCCCUCCACAGAACCCAGACUAUGACUCUAGGAGAACUCUGGGAAGCACUCGUAGCAGUACAGGGAGAGAACGCAGCGAGAAGCCUCUGAUUUCUGCGCCGCCAUCGUCACGGCCCGGAUCCUUCAUCAGGGGCGGCAGUUCGAAGGAGCUGCUGGAGAGCCAAACCCCGGAGGAGCCGCGGAGAGACCGGGAACGAGAAGGAGCCGAACCCCGGAGACCGAGCGUCACCGAGGACAAAACGGAGCCGGAGCGCAGCAGAGUCAAAGAGCCUGUGAAACCUGAGCCAGCGGCACCGACAGUGGACAAACCCGCCCUGUCUGAGGAGGAGAUAGAGAGGAAGUCAAAGUCCAUCAUCGAUGAGUUCCUCCACAUAAAUGAUUACAAGGAGGCGAUCCAGUGUGUGGACGAGCUCGACUUGGGCUCUCAGCUGCACGUCUUUGUGCGUGUCGGGGUUGAGUCGACCCUGGAGCGCAGUCAGAUAACACGGGACCACAUGGGCCAGCUCCUCUUCCAGCUGGUGCAGCAGGGACUCCUGCCAAAGCCUCAGUUCUACAAAGGGUUUUCAGACACGCUGGAGCAAGCGGACGACAUGGCCAUCGACAUUCCCCACAUCUGGCUGUACCUGGCCGAGCUGCUCAACCCUGUGCUGAAAGAAGGGGGCUUCUCUAUGAGAGAGCUCUUUAGUGAAUUAAGCAAACCUUUGCUUCCUGUUGGAAGAGCUGGGAUCUUAAUUUCUAAAAUACUGUACAUACUAUGCAAACAAAUGAGCCAUAGGAUUGUGGGUUCUCUGUGGAGGGAAUCUGGCCUCAACUGGACCGACCUCCUCCCAGAGGGAGAAGACGUCCAGGCUUUCAUCUCAGAACAGAAACUCCAGUUCCUUCUGUCAGACGGCUCCGGCCCCGAGACGACUCUGACUAAGAAGAUCUUGUCUCCUGAGGAGCUGAGCCGCCAGCUGGAGAGACUCCUCUUGGAGGACAUGGCCAGUGACGAGCAGAUCUUUGACUGGGUCGAGGCAAACCUCGACGAAUCUCAGAUGAGCUCGUCUCCCUUCCUGAGGGCUUUGAUGACGGCUGUGUGUAAGGCAGCAGUGAAAGACGACACACGAGUGGACACGGCCAUCAUCCAGAGGAGAUUGCCUGUAUUACUCAAAUACCUUAACUCAGACACUGAGCGACAGCUGCAAGCACUUUAUGCACUUCAGGCGCUGAUAGUCGCCCUCGAUCAGCCUCCGAACCUUCUCCGGAUGUUCUUUGACUGUCUGUAUGACGAGGACGUCAUCUCGGAGGACGCUUUCUACAAGUGGGAGACGAGCAAAGACCCCGCCGAGCAGCAGGGUAAAGGCGUGGCCCUCAAGUCCGUCACGGCCUUCUUCACCUGGCUGCGGGAGGCGGAGGAGGAGUCUGAGGAUAAUUGACGAGGGGGGACGACGCCUCCGCUCGGGGGGCGGGGGGGUUCGAGGGGGGGCAAGGCGUACUAGAACUGCAUCUCCUUACAGCAGAACAAACAUUCAAAAUGGGUGUGUGGGCAGGACGACACGUUUACGGCUGGAAUUUUUUUCUGCGGUACAGUUCUGAAAACAUACCGCCAUUUUGAGUUUGGAUUCCCAACGGCGGAAGCACUAAAUACCUGUAUAAUACAUAGAAAAUAUUUUUGUUUUAAAUUUUAACUUCCUUUUUUUUUUUGUUCUUUUUUUUUUUUUGUUACUUUUUAAGAAGAGACUUAAAAGAUACAUAGGUUCUGGACUCUUUAAUUUAUUAUUUUUUUAAGGACUGCAAAUAUGAAAGUUAUUUAACAUUUGCAGAUGCUCACAACGAGAAAAAUGUCAACAGAAAUAACAAUAUAAUUAAUUAUAAUAACAAAAAUAAUAAUUGUGAAAUAAAUAAGACUCCCCGGAUUCCACACUGUUUGGUUUAAAACAGGGUAAAAACAAAGUUAUUUUGGGAUGAAGGGGAAGAGAGAGAUUAAAAACAAAACAAAACACAAAAAAAAAAAAAAACAGAGGAGGCCUGGAUGCACAGAAACUAUUAACGUUGUCCGUGAAUGAUGUUUGAGGCUUUGCUCCACGUGAUAUGUACAUACGCCUCACCACGAGGUAAAGAGGUAUGCAUUGAAGUCGCGAUGCAAGUCAGUCCACAGAACUGUCGAACAAACAAACAAACAAACAAACGGGACACGUUCACAUGAAAUGAGCAAAAAUGCAACUUUAAAAAGCAAAUGGCCAGGGUCGCUGAACUUGACAUGCUUGUAAUAAUUCAGACCUACAGAGCAGAUUAAAAAGCUUGUAAAUACAUUAAAGACAAAAAAGGUAUUU